AUGUGGAUUUUUCCCUUAAAAUCCAAAUCUGAUGUCUUUAGUACUUUCCAACAGUUUCUUCUUACAGUAGAACGACAAUUUCAAACCAAACUAAAAUCUGUUCAAACUGAUUGGGGAGGUGAAUUUCGAAACCUCUCUAAGUUUUUCUCAUCUCUCGGCAUUACUCAUCGCUUGUCUUGUCCUCACACCAGUGAACAGAAUGGCGUUGUUGAGCGUCGUCACCGUCAUGUGGUCGAAACCGGCCUCACUCUUCUUGCUCAAUCCGGUGUUCCACAACGGUUUUGGCAUUAUGCUUUUGACACAGCCGUCUAUCUCAUAAAUCGUAUGCCUUCUAGAACCAACUCCAAUAUCUCACCUUUCGAACAUGUUUUCAAACACAAACCUGAUUUUUCCUUUCUUCGUGUGUUUGGUUGUCGAUGUUAUCCACAUCUCCGUCCGUAUAACAAGCAUAAAAUGGAUUUCAGAUCUCUUCCGUGCAUUUUUCUUGGAUAUAGCACCUCCCACCAUGGUUAUCGGUGCUUUGACCCUCUUUCCGAACGCCUUUAUAUCGCUCGUCAUGUUCGUUUUCAUGAACAAUUAUUCCCUUACCAAAUCAGCCCAUCAUCUCCACCCACAUCUUCCUUUGAUCCUUAUACAUCCUCUUAUCCUAAUCCUGUACCUGACAUAUCAACUCCUUCCAAUACAUCCCCUACACCUCCUACGUCACCUACACCAUCUCCUUCCAAUACAUCCCCUCCACCUCCUAUAUCACCUACACCAUCUCCUUUCAAUACAUCCCCUACACCUCCUACAUCACCUACACCAUCUCCCGCAUCAUCUUCUUCCCCUAUAUCUCCACAUGAACCUCCUCUUCCGCCUCUCCUUUAUACCUUUGCUCGACGCCCUAAAACUACCACCACCUCUCAACCAGAAAACACCACAUCUCAACUAGCACAUUCUACCUCCCAACCCGACAGUUCCUCCUCUCUACCUCGUCCUCGUCCCUCUAAUUUGCGUCCUAAUCCUAAACCCUCUCAACCAUAUAGUCCGGCCUCCUAUCAUACUACUACUGUUCCUACCGAACCAGCCACCUUUAACGUUGCUAACAAAUCGCCUCAAUGGCGUCAGGCCAUGGCCGAUGAGUAUUCUGCUCUUCAGCGCAACAACACCUGGAAAUAG